GAAAAAGUGCUAUAGUCAGAAAACUUUUUCAGCAGGGGGCCGGUUCACUGUGCCUCAGAUCUUGUGGCAGGCCAAACUACACACAGACACACACACACAUACAUAUCUGGAGACUGACAGGAGAUGUAAUCGGGGGUCGACCUCAGGCCUGGGCGACGGGGAUCCGGUGAAGGGGGGCUUCACUUCCCCCCCUCUCCCCCAGCCCCUCUCCCUGCUUUCCUCCCUCCUCCGCCACUGCUCUCAGCUCUAGGCAGGGCGGGGAGAAGGGAGGAGGAGGCGCCACCGUGGUGUGUGUGAGGGAGGGGGAAAUGGCGCAGCCCAAAUGAUCAGAAUCAGAUCCACGCGGCGAUUCCCAGACCAUCCGUGGGCCAGAUCCAGAAGGCAGUUGGGCCGGAUCUGGCCCCUGGGCCUUAGUUUGCCUACCCAUGGUCUAGAAUCAAAGCAAAUGCAAGCAGAGAGGGAAAAGAUGGUGGCUGAGUUCAGGCGACUGCGCCAGUUUCUGGAAGAAAAAGAGAAGCUUCUUCUGGCCCAGAUGGCAGAAGUGGAGAAGGAGAUUGCAAAGAAAAGGGAGGAGCACCUGGCCAGACUCUCCAGGGAACUCUCCUCUCUUGACAGCCUCAUCCGGGAGAUGGAGGAGAAGCUUCAGGAACCAGCGAGUGAACUCCUGCAGGAUAUCAGAAGCUUCUUGCAGAGGUCUCAAGCGAAGGAGAACUUAGAGGCUCCUCCGGUGGCUUUUCCUCUUGUCCUGAAGUGGAAGAUCUGGGACUUCUGCGAUAUAAAUCCCUUCCUGGAGGGAGUCAUGAAGAAAUUAAGAGACACUGUGGAAUAUGGACUUAAGCUGCGAAAAGAAAACGUAACUUUGGAUCCAGACACAGCAAAUCCCCGGCUCAUCCUGUCUGAGGAUCGCAAGAGUGUGAGAUGGGGGGAAGUCUAUCAAGACCUGCCAGACAACCCUGAGAGAUUUGACAUGCAUGGCUAUGUGCUGGGAUGUGAGGGUUUUACAUCAGGCAGACAUUUCUGGGAGGUCACUGUGGGAAGAGAGGAGAGGAGGAAGUGGAUGGUUGCCCUAAAGCCUAUGAAGAGGAAGGGCCUUUUCUCUUUGGGUCCUAGCUGCGUAAAAGAGCUGACAGACAUCCCUGAGAGAUUUGACAGACAUUUCUAUGUGCUGGGAAGUGAGGCGUUCAGGGAAGACAGGUGUUUCUGGGAUGUCUUUGUGGGGAGCAAGGGGGAAUGGGCCGUGGGGGUGGCCAGAGAAUCUGUGAAGAGGAAAGGCAAGUUCAUUGUUGGUCCUAAGGAAGGGAUCUGGCGCAUAGGGAAGUGGGGUGAUCAGUACAGGGUCUCCACCUACGAUGGGCCCCCUGUUUUGAUGGUGGGUGGGAAGCCCAAGAGGAUCCGAGUGGCCCUGAACUGUGAAGGGGGACGGGUGUCCUUUUACGAUGCAGAUACAGCAGCCCUUCUCCACUCAUUCUCAGCAGCCUCCUUCUCAGGAGAGACCCUCCAACCCUUCUUUUACAUGUUCACCAAAGGCCACCUGACAGUCUCUUGAGUGUAGAGACAGACAAGCUUCCCAGUUCACUGCUAAGUAUGCUUCUCAGUGCCAGCAGUCCUAAAUCAGCAGCGAGAUGUGCAGCAUCAAAGCGCUUCAGGAGCUCUGACCCAGACAACGAAGGCAGUAACUCACAGAGGCAAUUAAGCACAGACAGAAAUAUUUUACUACCGGGUCAAAAGCAUAAUGGUUCCCUUUUUCAGUUUGUCUGCUGAAGCGUUUCUUAGUUAGAGUUUUCCGGGCUUUGCUUUUUGCGACCCACAUCCCUUUCUUGCAUUCUGUCAGCUUGCCAGAUAAAUGCGGACUAAACACAGUUUUUAUAUAGCUUCUGUUAGAACUGAAGCAGCUCCUCUCACAGAUGUGGCCUUGAUGAAAGGUCCGGCUUUCUGACAGCUUCUAGCAAUUUCCAGAAUUCUCUGGAAUCUUCAAGAACUUCCAGUUAGUUCUGGAAAGAAUGAACGCUCACCCUCACGCCAACAAUUCAUCACCAUGAUGACAUUUCAGUCGUCUCAACCAAAAUCCCAUUUUGUCAAAACAAAAAUAAAUAAAUAGAGUUUGGGAGACUGGGGGCGGUGACUGUCAGAAGGGGCCAUGUGAGAUCUCACACGAACCUCCAGAGCCCAGAAAGCAAGAUGGAGGCUCACAAUUUUGGUGCCCAAAUCCUGCUCUGAAAAGAGUUUCUGAGCCCUCCGCCUUGCUUACUGACCUCCAGGAAAGGUUCCUCAAAGCAUUUGCAGGGGUCUCCCUGACUUGUCUUGCUAAUCCCCAGAAUGAAAGAGCCUCUGACAGUUCCAAGGACAGAACAGAGUCAAUUUGGGGGAUUUCAGGGAGUGGUAGUAAAUUCCCAUUUAUACAAUUCUUUUCUCUAAGGUGACUUCUUGCAAACAAUCAGAAACAUCUACAGUGGUGCCUCAGGUUGUGGACGUAAUCUGUUCGGGAGUGUACUGGGCCCGGGGGUUAACCUGAGCAAUGUGGUCCAGGUCCAGUCCAGAAUCCAAGGAUUCCACGAGGAGACAGUCCGACAGGGCUGAGGCAGGACACGAGGCAGGAAACAAGGCUAGGUCAGGCACAGGGUCUCAGGCAGGUUCUAGCAAACAACAAUGUUACUCCCACAAGCUGGGGUGGGGUCUGACAGCCUUUUAUCUUUGUCGGGGUAACCGGUCCUAAUCCCCCGGUGACUCACCUCCCUGUCUCGCCCCAAGGCGAGCACUCCUCCUGCCAGUACUCGGGUCUCUCCUUCUCUCAGACCUUUGUCUCUGCAGCUCGGGACAUGUCGUGAGUUACUAGACC